AUGGGGAUAAGGUCCCGCUCUCAAAGCCAUGAUACUAAACCAUAUACUAAACCAGAUACUAAACCAGAUACUAAACCAGAUACUAAACCAGAUACUAAACCAUAUACUAAACCAGAUACUAAACCAGAUACUAAACCAGAUACUAAACCAGAUACUAAACCAGAUACUAAACCAUAUACUAAACCAGAUACUAAACCAGAUACUAAACCAUAUACUAAACCAGAUACUAACCCAGAUACUAAACCAUAUACUAAACCAGAUACUAAACCAGAUACUAAACCAGAUACUAAACCAAAUACUAAACCAGAUACUAAACCAGAUACUAAACCAAAUACUAAACCAAAUACUUAA